GCUGUGGCAAUCAUGACGGUACGGAGCGAGGUUUCGACAUGUACCCGUACACCUUCCGCAGCCCUUCCCUGUGGGGCGUCAGAGCUUGAAAAGAAUAUUCAAGAGAUGAAAAGGAACCUCUCGGCUCUGCGAGAAUAUUCGGACCAAAAUACAAAAGAAAUCUGGCUCGCAAUACAGAGUGCACCCUGCACAUUGAGCGAACUAAACACAAGUGUGAAUGAAAAGCUUCUUGAUUUUCGACAGCAGAUCCUGCAGCUUGAUCAGAAGGUGAAAAAUACAAAUAGCAGCAGGAGCAUCAUAGGAACACCUGGAGUCAAUGGUAGUAAUGGUGACGUUGGACCUACUGGACUUCCCGGACCACCAGGAUAUAAUGGUACUAAGGGUGACAUUGGACCUGCCGGACCUCCAGGAUAUAAUGGUACCAAGGGCCCUGCAGGACCAUUUGGACUACCAGGCGUUCAGGGCCUUCGUGGACCAUCUGGGUAUAAUGGUACUCAGGGCCCACCUGGACCCGGGGCCAGUUCCUGUGUUUUUAAGACUUUAUUGAGCCCUGGCAUGGCAGCAUCCUCGAUCUCCCGACAAGAAAUUACAGCGACGGAACCAAACGGUAAGAUCUUUAUCGGCGUAAACUGUGGUACAAAUGAUGCAAAACUUGCUAAAUUAUCAAGCAUCAUCUCAGGUGGAAAGAAAGCCUACAAGUGCAAUUGCGAAGGUACCCUAGCAACUGGAGAAUUAACUAUGUAUUGCUACAUCAACUACUGGGAGUGCCAGUCAUAAGGAGGAAAACGGAAAGCCGUUUGAUGAACAGGAGUUUUUGUAAAGAGCAUAACAGAGUGUUGAAUCAGAAACGAGACGAAGAACAAUUUUUUUACCUUUUUAACAUGUGCUAUUUUUCAAAUAUGCCCAGUAGAUGCCAAAUUAAUAAUUACAGAGAAAGAUGAAUAGAAAA